CCGGUGGAAGCGAUCGCAGACAGACGGUCAAGAUGGACGACACAGACUUUUCGCUCUUCGGCGACAAGAAGAAGCACAAGAAGGACAAGGCCGAUGCCACUUUGGUGGCCAAGACGCCCACCUCGGAGCUGGACUUGAAAAGAGUCAUCAUCUCACGGCCCACCACUGACGACACCUACGAGAAUUGCCCCCGAGCGGGCAUCGCCCUGAUCCUCAACCACCGGGACGUCAAAGGUCAGAAGGCGCGUGUGGGCACCGAGCGGGAUCGGGACGACAUGAAGCUCACGCUCCAGGGUUUCGGCUUCGAUGUGAGGCCCUAUGACGAUCUGACCUUCUCCGACAUCAACGACUUGCUGAAGGAGGUGGCGCUCGAGGAUCACAGCCAGAAUGAUUGCUUCGUCCUGGUGGUCAUGUCCCACGGCACGGAGGGCAAGGUCUAUGCCAAGGACAUGGCCUAUCCUGUGGAGCGUCUGUGGAACCCCUUUCUCGGCGACAAAUGCAAAACUCUGAAGAACAAGCCGAAGCUUUUCUUCAUCCAGGCAUGCCGCGGCGAGAACCUGGAGAAGGCCGUGGAGUUUUCCAGUUUUGCGGUGAUGACCCGGGAGCUUGUUCCCCAAUCGGUGGCCCCUGUUGCCCAGCCCAUCACCUACGCCAUUCCGAGUACAGCGGACAUGCUCGUCUUCUACUCCACCUUCGACAAAUUCUUCUCGUUCCGCAAUGUGGACGAUGGCUCCUGGUUCAUCCAGAGCCUGUGUCGCGUCCUGGACGUGGCGGCCAGCAACGAGGCCAGCCAGCCAGAGGGAGCGGAGCUGCUGCGACUCCUGACCGCCGUCAACCGGAAGGUGGCCUACGAAUACCAGUCGAACACAAAGAACGAGGCCCUCAACCAAAUGAAGGAAAUGCCCAACUUCAUGUCCACCCUGACCAAGACCUUCUACUUGCGUGUGAAGCCCAAGACCUAAUGCAUGUGAGUGAGUCAGUGAGGGACACCACAAUCACGAUACAAUCACAACUCUUUCCCCUAAUCGUAAUGAUAUUUGCUAUUUGUUUAUAAAAUAAAAGUCUACGCCCGUGUGCGUCUAUCGACGGCA